CGAUUUUCUGAAUUGGACCAACUUUGGAUGUGAGAUUGAAACAGCCCGUUUGCGAUAAUUGCUGCCCGUCAAACCCUUUUAGCAAUUGGACCCUCGCAAUAGACGAGGUGCAAAGACACAGGCCAAGAUGAGGUCAUUAGGAGAGCGGUUAAACCUGCUUCGAAAGAAACUCAUUAACAUCAGAUGCGGCCCCGGCGCAGCGAUCCUCCCCGCGGAGGUCACCCGGAUACACAUGGACUUCGCCCUCCGUCUAAAAGGCGGCCACAUGGGAGCUAGGAAAUUCUGGAGAGAAUACCUCCCCCGCCUGAAAUACCACAACCCCUCCAUCCCCAUGAUCGUCAACCGCCACGACCAGAACCAGCUCCCCCCAACCAUGACAAUCUACCUCCGCAAGGCUGAAGCAGCCCCAGCAUCGUCCUCUUCUUCUUCCGAACCCAUCGCCCAGCCCUCAUCCUCCCGGACGAACCUCUCCAAGGCGCAACCCCCCACCGCGGACGAGCGCGUCGUCCACAUCGACAUGGCCAACAAGCACUCAUCACAUAUCCUCGAGUUCUUCAUGGCCGAGACCCGCGCCGUUCCGCUGCAGCCUACAAACGAGGAGAUUGCCGAGAUGCAGGCCCUUGAGACACUACGCAAGAACGCAGAGGUCGACCGCGAGAGGGUGCGACUGCUGAGACUAGAAAAGAAGAAGGAAGAGGAUAUGCUGAAGCGAGCUAGAGCCGCGGGUGGUAUGGCAGAGCAAGAGGAGGUUUAAAAAAAAAAAAAGAAGAAGAUAGAUAUUUGUACGAUAAGCGGUUGUUUGAGUAUAUGGCAAUGUAUCGUCCAAAAAAAGAAAAAUACUAUGGGCUGAAUGAUAAAUAUGACACAUGUUCAAUCCCCCCAAGUACCGCAGAUGCUCAACGACG